CGUGACCUUAGAGGCGCGCUUAGAUGAAUUUAUUGAAUUUAAAAGCUCGCUAAUAGACGAGCAUAGAACAUGAACGAAAAAUAACAAACGGUUCCCCCCUCGGUCCGUUCGGGUUGAGUGAAGGGGCAUGAUGGAGUGGGUUCAGUUCGUCGAUAGCCAUUCCACCAGGGGGAUGUAACUGGAAGUGCUGCUGCAGUGCAAUGAAUUGUCUGGUGUUGUUUGGCGUGCUUUUGAUCAGCCACCAGUUCUCGGUGGGACUUCUGCUGAAGCGGUACAGUUGUGAUAACUACGUGCUGUCCUGGUGCCAACUACACAAUGUUACGAUCCAGUCAGAUCGGGACCUUCAGAUGGUUGAAUUCCCUAAGGUGCUACAGAUAGGGUUCCUCAACGGAUCGAUACCGCAUUUUUCGCAUCUCAUGAAUCUGGGCCUGUUCAAAGCCGGUGUCCUGAGGGUCUUCGCACGUGGCACGAAGAUCAGUCGACUCACGCUUCCGAAUACGAUCGAACAGCUGUACUUCAGAGAUAACGACAUCAUCUCGGUGGAUAUUGAACCCAAAACCAAGUAUUCAAUGAAAUACCUGAGGAUUCACAUAAACAAACUACGAGAUAUCUCAAAUCUCAGGUCCCUCGUCAACCUCGUAGAAUUAAACCUGUGUGACAACUUGAUCGAGCACGUGUCUUUCGACACAUUCGCCGGCAUGACGUAUCUCAAGCAGCUGCUCCUGUGUGGAAACCGCAUCAAAACCAUCUCCACAGCGCUCAACAUUAACCUGCCCAAUCUCUAUCAUCUGGAUCUGUCCGGUAAUUUCCUGUUCAACGGAACCUUUCUCGCGCGGUGGUACUUCCCCCGUCUCGGGAACUUCUCCCUCCGGGACAACCUCCUGACCCGGCUGGACGUGCGGAUGUUCUCCGAUCGCUUCACGCUCCUGAAGAUUCUCGACGUCGAGCACAACCCACUGGACUGUGAUACGUACCAACAGCUGCUCAAGUUGGUCCAUCAGCGCAAAAUAAUCUACAAUGUCGACAAGCGGGUCUGCGCCAUUCCGCCGACCAUCCUGCCUAGGUUCAUUCCCACCGGGAACGAACUGGACGCGGCCCAAGGCGGCGGUGAUCUGCACCAGCAGAUAAAACAGCUCAAGGAACGCAUCUAUCAACAGGUGAAGAUCAUUAAUAGCCAACGGAUCGAAAUCCAGCAGCUUCAGGCCAACCUGAGCUCGCUGAUGGAGCAGUUCGAUCUGGUGGCCGAUACGGCGGCGCAUGUAAAUGAUCCGUUCUAAACUUAGUAGAGGAAGACGGGGUAAGACCGCCACCCUAAGCCAAAAAAAUCAUAACUAGAAACUGACAAUGAAUUACACUAAUUUUAACACAGCAUAUCUUUUUUCAAAGUGUUAGGUAUGCAAGAAAAUUAUCUUACGAUUCGUGCUGUUGAAACUUUUAUAAUUUUGAGCCAUUUGAAAAUGUGAUUAAAAAAGCGCUUAAUUUUUUGACGGCGGGGUAAGACGGCCCACCAAAGGGGUAAGAAGGACCAUCACGUUUUUUUUAAAUAAUUCUGAUUAGAAAUGUUUGAAUUCCAUACGUUGUAAUGAGAUAUGACUCCCUUAAGUUCUUCACAGGGGAAAUUAGUUCACAUAAUUGUUUAAAGGCUACCAUUUAUUGUUUUUAUUGGGACACUGUAAAUAUGAAUGCUCCAGCACCCAUUAUUAUCACAAAAAUGUUGUUUCUGGUCACGUUCAGCACAAACAACUCAAACAUGAGUUUAUUUUUGUGAAAUGGCAUAUUUUUCACAAUCAAUUUUCGUUAUAUUGGGUUGCAGCUAUUUUGUUCUAUGAACUGGGGGGGUGGCCGUCUUACCCCGUUCAAGGUGGUCGCUUUUACCCCACUUGGGCAGAUUUUACUUAUGAGGCUAGGUCCUAACGAUUUUUUUUUCAAUCUCAAUCCCGCUCCUCUUAUGCUUUGGUGACAUUCCUGGUAAGUUAUGAGCUGGUUAUUUUUUUGGUUUGAAAACGUUUUCCGAAUAAAAAACCUUAAGGUUAUAUGCGACAAAUUUAGAUCAAAAACAUCAUCAUGAAGCAAAAUUUUUGUUUUGAUUAUUUGUUUUGAAAUUCUCAAUGUAAACAUUGCAAAAAAUGGCUCAAAAUGACAAAUCCUGUACUUGACCAGAGUACUGGGUGAAAGUUUAAAGAAAACGGCAUUUUCAUGUUGAACAGCAGGUGGUCCGUCUUACCCCGGCGGGUCUUCUUACCCCGUCUUCCCCUAUAGUGAUGCAUGUUUUUUUUCGCGUUUGCGGAAUGAUUUGCGAGAGUGUUUAUGCGAUUAUUUGAUUGUACUUAAGCGUGUCCGGUGAGUGUCUAAACAAACAAACAAACAUGUUUCGAGGAUGGAGUGGAAUAAAGAUUGUUGUGUUUAA